AUGGCCAAAAGCUCGGAGAUAGCUCCCACACAGGCCGAGCCGGAGGGGCUACCGUACUGGCUGGUGAAUGUACCCCGGGAUCGAUGGCCAGCUGAGUGUCCAGACUAUCUUUGCAACCUGCCGGCGAAGAAUAUCAGUAUCCUGUCGACUCCAGAUAGCGAAUAUGUUCGGCAAGACUGGGAUCUAGUACGCCAAAUAAUCGGUGUGUUUCUCGUCGACAGAUUCAACCUAGUGAUAUCUCAUACUCAACUGACGCUGGCCUGGGCAGCCUCCAACCGGAUUGAUCUGUUCCGCCGUGUGCCCUCUGAUCUGAGAAGAUAUCUUGAAUAUACGUCCUACGUCAAAUCCAAGUAUGGCUCGGUCAUGAAUUUCGUUGUCCGCGAGAGGCUGCGUUGGGAGAAUAAUAUGGCACCCAGAGGCUCACGGCCAUUCGAUAACCCCGAUGACCACAAGAUCCUAUACAACGACUGGCCCUAUGGGGUCGAAGAAGGAAUCGUCCACCUGGUAGUGUGGACGAAGUUUACCUUCGAGGACGAUCCGGUAGCAGACGAUCUCACGCCUCGCGCGCGAAAGGAAAUUGACGACUUUGUGGAUUCGACCUUUCGCAGCAGGGUUCCUGCAGAGAAGGUCAUUUGGUUCCGCAACUGGAAGUCCUUAAAGUCUGUCCAUGCUGUUGAGCAUUUCCAUGUUAUGCUGUACCGGCCUGAUAUGGAAUUUGUCCACGAAGUCACAGAUGGGGAUGUCCCGCUGAUUGACAAGGGCCUGGAUGAGUGA